AUAAAUAUAAAAAUAUUUGUUACCUUUUUCGUAUUUAUACUUCAAACCUAUUAAAAUUGUACACAUGGAUUAUAUAUUUAGAUAUUACUCAUAUACUGUUUAAAUAAUUAGUGAAUAAUUUACUAUUUUUUUAUUAAGAUAGAUACUUAAUAAUUCUAAUAAUACACCAUGUAUAAUACUGGACCACCACCACCUUAUGAAUCACCUCCAUAUGCACCACCUGGUUAUUCACAAACAGUGGGUGGUGUUCCACCUGCUAGUCCUUUUACAUCUGCAGAAACCUAUACAAGUGGACCAACUAUAGUAACAACAAUUGUUCCACUUGGACCAGGAUCAACACAUACAAUUUGUCCACAUUGUCAUGCAGAAAUUGAUACUACAACGAAAACAGAACCUGGAAUGAUUGCUUAUAUAUCUGGUGUAGUAAUUGCAUUAAUGGGAUGCUGGUUUGGAUGCUGUUUGAUUCCAUGCUGUAUUGAUGAAUGUAUGGAUGUUCAUCAUAGUUGUCCUAAUUGUAAAGCUUAUUUGGGACGUUACAGGAGAUAAAGUAAUACAAUAAUAUUUAUUGCAUUUUAUUUUAAAACUA